AAGGCGGGGAGGGCGUCGUAUCAAACGGCCUUCACGUUCCCGACCGUUGGCUGGGCAAAUUGGUAAUAGUCUGUUCUAAUCCGAUUACCGGUAUCCGCCUGAUUGCUUGGGUCAAGAUAAGAAGUUUCCAGUGGCCCCAACACCCCCACCACAAUUUUAAGCCAAUACCAAACCCAAGCCCCAGACUUGUAUAUAUGAUGGUGCCGGUGCGAUACUACCGUCAAGGCCACCACUCCUGCUCCGAAAUAUUCGUACCGGCGAGCUUCAAAGGAACCUAAACCGGCAACAGUGGCGCAUCACCAAUACACGGAGCCUCCCACUCUUGACCCAACCUCAUCCCAACAUAGGGGGCGCACAAAAUGCGGCUGCACACUCGCUACGCUCUCCGUCGGUUAUCGCGAGGCUUCCACAGAACCAGCGCGCGCUUUUCCAUUAAACGAAUCCCAGUUCCCUUCGGAACACACAUACAACCCUCCCUGCACAUCACCGAAAAAUGUCCCCCGAGCUGCGCCUGCUCCCUCGAGAGCUUGCCGGGGGGUCUGGAUAUCGAUAGGGUUACCUCGCUGAAGGGAACUAUGGCAAAUUACUACCGCCACUUGCUCGUCUGCACGGGCCGUUCGGAUUGGGCAUCGAAAAUCGAGUUGGACGUUGUAGAGCCUGGUGGCGGACUGGCUGGGAGGAUCAAAGAGUUGACGUCAAUGAGGGGUGGCGCGAGGAGGGAUCUGAGGGACCCGUUUGCGCCGACUUUGGUCACUAAUUCUUCCUUUGAACGGGAGCCAGGGGUUAAAGAAGGGCUAGGGGUAGCAUCGGCUUAUAUUUUCCCUAGCGGGCUUUAUCUGCCGAAGAUUCCGGUUAGGGAUGAGAGUGUUGUUGAACUUGUGAGGGGUUUUUUACUACCCGGUGGAGAGGAUAUUGUAUCGACCUUGGAAACCAGGAAAGUUUUGGAAUCGGUUGUGCUUAUCUGUUCGCACAAUUCUCGAGAUACACGUUGCGGGCUUGUGGCGGGCCCCCUGAAGAGACAAUUCGAGAGGGAGCUUGCGGAGAAGGGGAUAUUACUGGAAGGUCAUGAGGGCGAGGAAGGGGGGGUUGGGAAGGUGCGGGUGGGUUUUACAAGUCAUUUGGGCGGACACAAGUUUGCUGGAAACGUUGUGGUAUAUCGACCUGACGGCCUGGGCAUAUGGUAUGGACGGGUUGAGCCAAAACAUGUUACUGGGAUUGUGGCGGAGACGAUCUUGAAUGGGAGGAUUAUCGGUGAACUGUGUCGUGGUGUAGUAGAAAAAUCCAGGAGGAUUGAUGUGUAGAUGGGAGGCAAGUACUUGUUGUAUCAUAAUAUUAUAGUCUACCGUAGUACUUGCUGAUCUGGCAUUGUGUCAUAAUGGAAUAUAGAUUUCCACUAAUAAUAAAUCUCAUCUUUAACCUUG